AGGUGGUAGAUGCAUGACCAACUCCAACCCCCCUUCUCUCUCUCUCUCUCUCUCUCUCUGCAUCAUACAUAUAAUAGAUAUAUCUAUAUCUCAACUUUCUCUCUCCAACCUCACCACCUUGCCCUUGUAAUCCAGAUCAAAACCCCAGUUCAUCUUGCAACCCCUCUUGGUUUUCACCACCUUUUCAGGUUUGUGGUUGGAAGAUAUGGUGAGCAUUCGUCGACAAAGAUUGAUCAAGCUUUACGGGCGAAGUCCUUCUCUAGAUUUAAUAUCUUCACUUGAAAACGGGCAAUCUCCAAGUUGGGUCCAGAGCACCCGACAUGUCAAUGUGCUUCCGACACCUUCGGUUGACAUUAACCGAUCUGCAGAGGAGAAAACGAAAUCUGAAGAACCCGAAUCUUCAAAUGUCAAUGAAUCGAGCUCAUCUAACAAGCAGCCCAUUCAACAUCCAGUGUUCAAAAGGCGGAAACGACACAGAAGAAAACACUUUGAGAACCAAGAACCGUGCAUAAUGAGAGGGGUAUAUUAUAAGAACAUGAAAUGGCAAGCUGCCAUUAAAGUGGACAAAAAACAAAUCCAUCUAGGUACAGUUGGCUCCCAACAAGAAGCUGCUUGUUUGUAUGACAGGGCGGCUUUCAUGUGUGGUAGAGAACCAAACUUUGAGCUCACGGCUGAGGAGAAGGACGAACUCAGUAAACUGAGUUGGGAUGAUUUCUUAACCAUGACUCGGUCAGCAAUCAACAGCAAAAAACAUCAGAGACGGGUUAGUUCCCGAAUGAAGUUCGAGCAUCCGUCACAUAACAGCAGUGACCCGCAUACGAAGGCGGAUCAAGGAGGAAAGAGUUUCUCAGGAUCUGAAGAUGUUGAGACAUCGGGUUCCUGAUGAUUUAAAACUUUAUUAUUGGCAUUUCUUUUGUUAAAACAUUAUAACCUUCAGCUCUAUUUUUAACAAGUUUUAUGUUUUAACGCGCAUUUUAGGAGCAAAUCUAAAUGCUUAUGCUGUACCAUGCAAUCAUAGUGUCUUUGGAGGUCACAAAAAUUGAUUAAUUAGUUUCCUUAUAUUGUAUAAUAGCUGCAUUGUGUAAUUUUAGCUUUCUAA